AUGGUGUGUGGACCCCUCACAGUCGUGGUUGUGGCUCCCAUCAGCCAUGCCCUCAAAGAGGCAAUGCGGAUACCAUACUUGAUUGAUGUGCCUCUAAGAGACAUGUGCUUGUCUUCUAUGCAUGAUAUUUCUUCUUUCAUGUCUAAUAUGCUCCAUUUUGGUUUGGGAACCUUUGAGGCCACCUAUACUUAUGGUUUUUCUGGAAUAGGAUUAAAUACUACAAAUUCCAUUCCUACUAUAGAAAAACUUGAAACACCAUCAGCUGUGUUAGAAACCGCCUUGGUGACCCACAACAGGAGCGUAGGAAGUAUCACAUGGACUUGGAGUGUUCCACAAGUUGGUGUAUACUAUUUUACUUUAUGCUUCACUGAAGUUGAAAAACCUGGAGAUAGUGCAAUCAGGGAGUUCAAUGUUACUGUAGACGAAAAUGCAUGGCCUAGUUUUGCAUUAGAUCACUACCUCGAUACAUUUUGUACUUUCAGACAAUUGGAAUUAUCUGGCUCCAAACAAGUCAAGUUUUCUCUUGUUCCUACCAAUCGAUCAACCGUGGGUGCCAUUCUCAAUUCCUUUGAAGUCUACCAAUAUAGCAGCCCUCUCAAUAAUGGAACUUACAAUGGAGAUGUGAAUACCCUUGAUGAAAUUGCAGGGCACUUUAAUUUGGAGAAAGAGUGGAUGGGUGAUCCUUGUCUGCCACAAAAAUACCAUUGGGAUUGGGUGGAUUGCAAUCAGGACUCCUCACUAAGGAUUAUUGUUGUGUAUUAUAAUUCAUAUCGAUUGACAGAAAAGAGUGAUGUUUACAGCUUUGAGGUUGUUUUGAUGGAGAUUAUUAGUGGAAGACAUCCUCGCUUUGUAGGCCCUCAACUUCUAUUGGAGAUCAAAUACACAUCACUAGCUCGGUAA